GUCAUUUUCAACAUGGAGAGUGGAGCAGGAAAGCACUGGACUAAGGAGGAGGUUAAAGCUUUGCUAAGUGUCUGGGCAGAAAAAAAUAUACGAAAACAACUUUAUGGAACACUAAGAAAUAAAGGAAUAUUUAUUUACAUUGCUAAAAGGCUGCAAUCAUUAGGAGUACACAGAGAUUGGAAACAGUGCCGGGCUAAGUACAAAAAUCUCAAAUAUGAAUAUAGAACAGUUAAAUAUGCCCAUAAAUCUGGAGACAGCUCUAAAACUAUGAAGUUCUUCCAUGAUUUGGAUGCAAUCCUGCAAUAUGAACCUACCACACAAUUUACAGAGGAAGAUGCAAAUGGCAGGUGCCUGGAAACGCUCAGCCCAAGUACAGCCCCAGAGACCACUGAAGGUAUCUCUACGUCAGUAUUGGAACCCUCUAAUAACACAACUUUUAUCCCAACUGUAGCAAAUGAAGGAGGAAAGCACUGGACUGUGCCAGAAGUCAGGGCUCUAAUAGACGUCUGGUCUGAUAAAAGCAUACAACGACAACUAGAGGGAACAGUGAGAAAUAAAAGGAUAUUUGAACAAAUUGCUGCCAAGCUUCAGAAAUUUGGAAUAGAGAGAGACUGGAAGCAAUGCAGAACAAAGUACAAAAACCUAAAACACGAAUACAAGAUCGUAAGAACAGCACAAGACCUAGGCAUGACUAAGAGUAUGAAAUUUUUUACUGAGUUGGAUGCCAUUCUGGGACACAAUAAAACAGAAAAAUCACGAGACCAGGCAUCCCAAGAUGGAGAACCUGUCACAGAAUGUGCCAACAUAAAAAUGGGAAAGGACCAGACAGCUAUUGCUGGAGACGUAGCUGAAGGUGAUUCAGUCAGUAAUAAGUCAGAAGACAUAGAAGAUACAGAUACAAAACAAAGUCCUGACACAGAAUUAUUUGAAGGUCAUAACAAAAGCCAAGGAACUUUGAGCUCCAAGAGAAAAGCGCAUGAAAAUGAAACAGUGUCUCUACCUCUUAAGAAAAGUGCGCCUGAGAUCAUUACGAAUCAGUUUCCUCAAAGCAUAAUAACAGAACCAAAAGAUUCUACAGAAUGUUUCUGCAGAGAGGAAACUCAACUUCAUCAGAGUUCUGCCUCGCUUCCCGGCGCGGUCGCAGCCCUCAGCCCACUCAGGAUAAUGGCGACAGCUGAGGUACUGAACAUUGGUAAAAAAUUGUAUGAGGGUAAAACAAAAGAAGUCUACGAAUUGUUAGAUAGUCCAGGAAAAGUCCUCCUGCAGUCCAAGGACCAGAUUACAGCAGGAAAUGCAGCCAGAAAGAAUCACCUGGAAGGAAAAGCUGCAAUCUCAAAUAAAAUCACCAGUUGUAUUUUUCAGUUGUUACAGGAAGCAGGUAUUAAAACUGCCUUCACCAGAAAAUGUGGGGAGACAGCUUUCAUUGCACCCCAGUGUGAAAUGAUUCCAAUUGAAUGGGUUUGCAGAAGAAUAGCAACUGGUUCUUUUCUCAAAAGAAAUCCUGGUGUCAAGGAAGGAUAUAAGUUUUACCCACCUAAAGUGGAGUUGUUUUUUAAGGAUGAUGCCAAUAAUGACCCACAGUGGUCUGAGGAACAGCUGAUUGCUGCAAAAUUUUGCUUUGCUGGACUUGUUAUAGGCCAAACUGAAGUGGAUAUCAUGAGUCAUGCUACACAGGCUAUUUUUGAAAUACUGGAGAAAUCCUGGUUGCCCCAGAAUUGUACUCUGGUUGAUAUGAAGAUUGAAUUUGGUGUUGAUGUAACCACCAAAGAAAUUGUUCUUGCUGAUGUUAUCGAUAAUGAUUCCUGGAGACUCUGGCCAUCAGGAGAUCGAAGCCAACAGAAAGACAAACAGUCUUAUCGGGACCUCAAAGAAGUAACUCCUGAAGGGCUCCAAAUGGUAAAGAAAAAUUUUGAGUGGGUUGCAGAGAGAGUAGAGUUUCUUUUGAAAUCAGAAAGUCAGUGCAGGGUUGUAGUGUUGAUGGGCUCUACUUCUGAUCUUGGUCACUGUGAAAAAAUCAAAAAGGCCUGUGGAAAUUUUGGCAUUCCAUGUGAACUUCGAGUAACAUCUGCACAUAAAGGACCAGAUGAAACACUGAGGAUUAAAGCUGAGUAUGAAGGGGAUGGCAUUCCUACUGUUUUUGUGGCAGUGGCAGGCAGAAGUAAUGGUUUGGGACCAGUGGUGUCUGGGAACACUGCAUAUCCAGUUAUCAGCUGUCCUCCCCUCACACCAGACUGGGGAACUCAGGAUGUGUGGUCUUCUCUUCGACUACCCAGUGGUCUUGGCUGUUCAACCAUACUUUCUCCAGAAGGAUCAGCUCAGUUUGCUGCCCAGAUAUUUGGAUUAAACAACCAUUUGGUAUGGGGCAAACUGCGAGCAAGCAUUUUGAACACAUGGAUUUCCUUGAAGCAGGCUGACAAGAAAAUCAGAGAAUGUAAUUUAUAAGAAAGAAUGUCAUUGAAUUUUUUAGGGGGAAAACUACAAAUUUCUAAUUUAGCUGAAGGAAAAUCAAGCAAGAUGAAAAGUGAUAUUAAAUUAGAGAAUACAAACAAAAUGUAUUAGUGAAUAAAUGCUUCUCUAUAUCCAUAUUAAUAAACAUGAACACCUAACCCAUCCUUUCUUAGUCUGGAGACCAAGAUAUUUCAGCCAGCCUUUAUUAUUUUUGUCUUAUUUCACCCUUUUUCCUUAAGUAUUGAUGGUCUCUGCUAUUGAGUUUCUUCUUUAGUACUGAUUGAAUCAUCUUAACUCCCUCAACUAAAACUAGUAUUACUAACUCCCAGCUAUGUGUCUCUUUUUUUCUUUUGUUUUGUUUUGGGUUUUUUGUUUGUAUGUUUUUUGAGAUGGAGUUUCACUCUUGUUGCUUAGGCAGGAGUGCAGUGGUGCAAUCUCAGCUCACCACAACCUCCGUCUCCCAGGUUCAAUUGAUUCCCCUGCCUCAGCCUCCCAAAUAGCUGAGACUAUAGGAGCCUGCAAUGACGCCCAGCUAAUUUUGUAUUUUUAUUAGAGACAGGGUUUCCUCCAUGUUGGUCAGGCCAGUCUCAAACUCCUGACCUCAGGUUAUUCACCCGCCUCAGCCUGCCAAAGUACUGGGAUUACAGGCAUGAGACACCCAGCCAGCUAUGUGUCUCUAGACUUGUAUUUUCUUUUUUUUUUUGAGACAGGGUCUCACUGUUGCCUAGGCUGUAGUGGCAUGAUCUCAGCUCACUACUGCCUUGCCUCUUGGGCUCAAGCAAUUAUCCUACCUCAGCCUCUCAAGUAACAGGGACUAACUAUAAUCUUGCAGCACCAUGCCCAGCUAAUUUUAUUUUUUGUAGAGACAAGGUCUCACUCUGUCACUCAGGUUGGUCUGAAACUCCUGGACUCAAGUAAUUCUCCUACCUCAGCCUCCCAAAGUGCUAGGGUUAUAAGCAUGAGCCACUGUGCCUGGCUAGACUUGUAUUUUCAACUGUCCACUUCUCCCUAUACGUCCCAUGGGCACUCUCAUAGAAAACAGAAUGCUUCCAAUUUUAUUCCUCUUUCAAGCCUGUAACUCUUGAUAUACUCACUGUUGCAAGUCAGAACCUUGAUUUCAUCAUUGAUGUUUUUCUCUUGUUUCACGUUUCAUUCAUCACCAAGUCAUGUUGGUGUUAAUUUCAGAUUAACCCUUGAAUUUACCGUCUUCUCUUCCUCUGUACAAAAAGCCUCAAGUGAGGGUCAGAUUCAACAAUUAUUCUGAUCUAGACAGUCCUUAUUCUCAAUCCACUGUUUUCCAAGUUGAUUCCACAAGGACUUCUAACAUAAUAAACUCUUUACAAACUCUUUUGCACCACAGACUUCUUUGAAAAUACAUAUGCUGUUGACCCUCUGUAGAAAACAGCACAAAUAAAACUUACCAACAGAUUUCAUUGGUUUUUGGGUUCUCCUGAAGCCUAUUCAUGGUUUAUAUAUUAAGAAUUGAUGACAUAGCUGGGCACAGUGGCUCAUGCCUAUAAUCACAGCACUUUGGGAGGCUGAAACAAGCAGACCACUUGAGGUCAGGAGUUUCAGACCAGCCUGCCAACGUGGUGAAACCCUGUCUCUAUUAAAAAUACAAAAAUUAGCCAGCCAUGGUGGUGGGUACCUGUAAUCCCAGCUAUUCCAGAGGCUGAGGCAUGAGAAUUGCAGCACCUUGAACUCAGGAGGUGGAAGUUGCAGUGAGCAGAGAUCAUGCCACUGCACUCCAACCAGGGCAAGAGUGAGACUGUCUCAAGAGGAAAAAAAAAAUUGCUGAUGUGACCCAUGAAGGGAACUCAUUUUCCUCAUAAAUUUUGGACUGUCACACAUUGGUACCUUUAGUUCUUUGAAGGCCCAUAUUUUUAUCAUUAAAACCUAUUUGUUAGUAAGUAGAGCUUUAUCUUCACUGUCUCCAUGAAACCUUUUGUAACCACAAUGACCACAAGUAGUUCUUUCUUUGUUGAAUUAUUAGGUCCAGAAUAGAAGAUGUCAUUGUACACUUUAUUUCCCUCACACUGUGUUAUGCCCUGAUGUGCUAUGCUUAGCUAUCUGCCAGUGAUGGGUAAAUUAUAAAACUCAUGUGUACUACUUAAGUUUAUAUCUUACACUAGUUUAUAAGAACAAUUAAAAGGACUUAAAAAGAUUAA